UUCAGGAGAAGAAGACAGAAACCAGAGGGGUGGCUCGUGUUGGAUUAUGGAUACAUUUUUCAAAAGUACACAUAGCGGGAGUCCAUCUUCUGCUAUUAGUAUUAUUCAUGGUGAUGAUGAGAGAUCCAGUAGGGUUAGCAGCGUCAGAACCAGCACAGCGGGAGUGGAUGCGGAGGGUGACAUUGACGCCAGCAUGUCCCUUGACUCUUCAACUCGGUUGCUGGAAGAGUCUGAGGAGGAUUCGGAGGUGGAGGAGACUGACGCUCGGGAGCUGGAAAAUGCCGAAGCCACCAGGGCGCUAAAACGCUACCUCGAGAACUGCGAAAAAUUUUACAUCUUUUCAAAGUUCUUGAAACGUGAAGGCAUGGGCAAGAGCAAAGUGUACACUGGCAGGGCCAAGUGUAUGCAGCCUUUUUGCAAAAACACAGGUGUGACCUACACCUCAGUUUCCAGGGCCCAUCUUACCCGGCACUAUGAAAACGCGCACCCUGGACAGAAGCACGAGCUCACCGCCGCGCUGGCUGGAAACAGUAAGCGUGGCCGUAGCCACUCCAUGGAGUGUCCCUCCAAGAGGCGCCACCUCUCAGUGGAGGAAUCUGUCAGGCACAAGUUCAGCCAGGACAUGGCCAAGAAGAUUGUUACAAGGUGGUUUGUGGAAACACUUUCCCCCCUCAGCCUUUGUGAACACCCCUACACACGGGAGAUGUUUGCCUACCUCAGUCCUCAGUUCCAGCUCAUGUCCAGGAACACCCUGGCGAGGGACCUGGGUGAUCUGAUGGAUAAAGCCAAGCUGCAGCUCAACAACCUGCUGUACAAGCAGACGUGGGUGGCAACCACUGCUGACAGCUGGUCGGUGCAGAGACGUGCCUUCCUGGGCAUGACUGUGCACUGGAUAGAUCGGCCCAGUUUGAAGAGGAUGAAGGCAACCUUGGCAUGCAGGGAGUUGAAGGUCAGCCAGACACAUGAGCUCCUGGGCGAAGUCAUCCAUGACAUCCACCAGGAGUUUGGCAUUGCCAAUAAGGUGGUCGCUACCACCACAGACAAUGGCGCAAACUAUGUCGCCGCCUUCGAUGCCUUUGGGGAACAGAAGGAGAGGCUGGUGGUUCAGGAGGAGGAUGAGGAAGUGUUAACAGCGCAGCUUUGCGACGUCCAAGGACAGCUUGACGCCGAGGACAAUGACUCCAAUCCCCAUCUCACUCUGCCACCUCACCGCCGCUGCUGUGUGCAUACCAUGAACCUCUUGGCGACCACGGACAUAAACGAAGUCGUGGGCUGGAGCAGGGGGCACACUCCUUGGCGCAAGGCAACCGCCAAGGUCCAAUACCUCUGGAAACUCCAGAAACAGAGCCUUAUUGCUGCCAAUCAGCUCAAGACAGCUAUCAAGAGGAAGCUGACAACUCCGGUUUUAGUUAGGUGGAACUCCUACUUCAACAGUGUGAAUGUGCUGCUGGAGGUGAUGUCUCUGCCUGAGCAGGUGGAGGCCAUCAACAACAUCAUUAUGAACCAGCCCGGAGGCAAGGCAGGAGCGGCAAUUCUGGAUCAAGACAUCAGCGUCCUGACGGAGUACAGGGAUGUCAUGAAGCCUGUGGCGGACACCCUGGACAGCCUGCAGGGGGAGGACAACGCCUACAUGGGCAUCCUCCUCCCGACGCUCCUGGUCUUGAAGAGGUGGCUGCUACAGGACCAGCAGAGGGGUGAGCUGCAGUAUGCCCAGCCCCUGAUCCAGUCCCUUCUCAGAGGCUUUGACAAAAGGUUUGGCGUCCUCUUUGAGGACCAAGACCUGCUCAUGGCCUCUGCCUUGCACCCAUCCUUCACCCCUACCAUCCUGGCAAGAAUCGCCCCGAACCAAGCCAACGCCAUCAAGGACAGAAUCGUCAGGGAACUUAAGGCCAUGGUGCGGCAAAGGGCAGCCAAGGCCCAGGCUGACGUGAUGAGCUACCAGGACCGGGUUUUCCAGGAGCUGUUUGGCGCCGACCAGGAUGGGGUAGACCAGGAUGUGGAGGAGGUGCUUAGGGCCACCAUCCAUGACUGGAAACCCAAGCAGGAAUCGCUUUCCUGGGCCCUCUUCCCAAAGGAUCACAGGGAGGCAUGGGUGGACUUAUUUAUUAAAUACAACACUCCACUCCCUAGCUCCGCUGCUGUGGAGAGGGUAUUUUCAACAGCCGGUGACAUCGUCCGGCCAAAGAGGACCGCCCUGGCCAAUGCCAGCUUUGAUAAGCUUGUCUUCCUCAAGGGAAACUUGAACCUAUUGGGGUUCCCCACCUACAAGGGGCAGUUUGAGGAUAAGCAGCAGGGGGCCAAACAAGAAAGAAAAUAGUCUUUUUUUUUGUGUGUGUAAAGUUGUUCGCGCUGUUCAUA